AUUGCACCCCUGAGCCCACUCCCAAGCCUGGACGUAGUCACCCACACUCCUUGAACACUCUCACGUUAACGAGCGCCACUCAACCAACCUCGCUAGAACACACGCACGCCGUCAUGCGCUUCACCACCUCAACCAGUAUCGCUCUUCUGACCAUCGCAGCCGCCUUCUCUCCUGCAAGUGCUCUCCCCUCCUCCUCGUAUUCCCCCUGCAGGGUCAAAUACAACUUCGACUCGUCCAACCCGCUCGAUAUGGACCUCCGCAGCUUCGCCCUCACCCUACAGCAAGGCUCAGCCUGCGCCUACGACCAGGUGCACACAGCUUCCACAACCUUUGCCGCCUACGCUCAGCAGGGGGCCAGCCUCGCGGUGGCAGGAGCAGCCAGUGGAGCCUCAACGGUCGAAAGCAAUGCCCAAGCAGCCGCCCUCGCCGGCUCACAGUACGCCCAACAAUUCGCAGCAGAAGUGGCUGCCUCGUACACUUACCUUGCCAGGCUUUACGGGCAGGCAAAGACUUUCUUCGCCACGUACGAGACACAACUUGCCGCCUCCGAUGUUGGACAGGCCGUGGCUUCUUUCCAAGCCCUGUACCUCGCCACAUGCAAAGCCCUCGCCGAUUUCAAGCCGUACGCCCCAUUCAUGACGAGUGCGCAACGUGCUGUACGCGAUUUGGAUGCGGCAGAGGCGGAUUUCACCAGCUCGCUGCAGAGGUAUGGUGGUAAGGUGUAUGCGAGGGUGCAGCCCGUUGCGGGGGAUGCGGAGCAGGCAUUGGGGGAGAUGGUGGGGGCGAUGCGUAAGGGGGAGCAGGCGGUCAAGAAUUUGGGGAAGGACGCCGUGGGAGUGCAGGUGUAGAGGAGGGGGGGGGCGCUCCAUCAUACCAUUCAUAGCGCUUUGCGUCGUCUACUACCCAUUCACGAU